AUGGAUAUAUACUUCUGUGAAAAAUGGAUCCCUUGUAGUGAAGAGGCGCGGAAGUUUUCGCACGUCUUCGGCACCACAUUAGUGAACAACUCGACGAAAAAUGAUUUGAAAGUACGGCUCCAUAAGGGGACGAUUACCACCGAUAUUCCCGAUGACUUGAGUCGCGACCAGAAGUUGAAUACUUUGCGCGAAAAGUUCCCGAAAGCGGAGAGCAAUCAUUUAAAUGAGAUUCUGGACGCGUGUCACGAAGACCUGAGAUGGGCUCAGAAGUUGUUGAGCGAACUCAACGACGACCACUUUGAUAUCGGAUCUCUGGAACAGUUGUCACCGACGGGUACCGAUCGUAUCAGUAGUCCUGAAAUAGACUCGGAGUCGACGUCUAAUUCUGGAGAAGAGGAACAGUUGGAACUUAUAGUCAACCGAAAGGACUCAGAAGAGCCGGAGUUUGUGCUGACACUCGACCCGUUACUCGCAGCUCAGCUUCAGUCACAAUUCGGUGACAUAACCGAUGCGUUGACUGAUGAAGACCUGACCAUCACUUUAAGCCACGGCGUCGCUCGUCUUCUGCACCACACGUGGAAGAAGUCAUUAAAUCAGAAAUCAUUAAAUAAUAACACGACUAAACCUCAAAGUAUUAAUAAUCAUAACAACAAUAAUAUUGGUAAUCGUAUUAACAAAGUGUCAAAAAAUAAGAAAAAAGAGUUUACGUUUGAAGUGAAUACACCUAAGAGUGAAUUACAAGAGAUUAUGGACUUAGAGUUAGCCAAAGACCUGAGUCGACGCGAAUACGACGACAAACUUAAAAACGGAGCCAAUUCUUCGUGCGAAUCGAUCCGAGAAAAGACCAAAGAUUUGUUUGCAACGAAACUAAAGAGGGAUCAGUUAUACCAAAGAUAUCCCGGAGUUGACCAAAACUUUUUGGACUCUAUAUUUGAUUCAAAUAAGUAUUGUUUGGGGAAAACAAUUGAUUGUUUGGACAACUCAUUGGGAUUGGACGACGACUUUAGCAAAGAAACCGAAGUUUUGAUCGCUCAGGAGAGGAAUGGAUCAUCGAAUGGUUCGCCAUUGAAUGGCAGUCGCUCUUCGUCUCCGGUCAAAGCUGUCCGCAAAGUCGUCGAUAUAAACGCAAACAUUUCGCAAAUCAAUGAUUUGGUGGUAAAGAAGAAGGAAUUGCACGAUAAGGCGCGGCUCGCCUUCCAGAGGAAGAUGUUUGCCGUCGCCUCUUAUUAUGGCGGAGAAGCCAUGAAAUUUCAGUCACAGAUCGAUCGACUCGGAGUCGAAACAGUGGACGCAAUACUCAUUAAUAGCACAAACUCUAAUGAACUCGAUUUACACGGUCUUCACAUCCCGGAAGUGAACUCUAUAUUAUCGGCAUAUUUUAACCGGAAGUCCGAAGAAUUGAGACGAAGUCUUGGCAAAAGGAAACUAGUGUUGGAUAUAAUCACCGGUUAUGGCGCCACCAAAGGAGUCCAGGGAAGGAUCAAACCCACAGUCAUCCAGUAUUUAAAGCAAAAGAAUUUUACGUACGUAUCGAUCAAUACCCAUUUCGAAAUGGUGAAUAUGGGUGUCAUUCGCGUCACAUUAACUCAAUAAUCACCGUCUCAUUCAAUCCUAAAGAGCUUUUUUAUACACUAUUUUAAUGCAAUCACUCGUUCGGUAAUCAUUAAGUAAAUCAUUUAUUUUAAAUAGUAUUCAAUUUACUAUACAAUACAAUGUAUAACAUUUGUAUAAAUUCUUAUGUUUUUAUUAUAUUUUCAGAAUAUAUAUAAAUUUUUAUUAAUGUAAUGCAUGGCUGAGAGUAGUUAUAGAAAAUUAAUUUUUAUUAAUAUUUUAUAUUAAUUAUUAAUGAACUUAAAGGACAAUGUAUUGUCCAAUUUAUUGUCCUUAUGUUUGCAAACAUCUGGAAAUAAAAUAAAAAUAUAAUUGUUUUACUUAUA